CGUGCUCAUUUGUAGUUCCCUUUUACCUUGAUCAUCGCAUGCUUUCUUUUCCUUAGUUCUUAUAAGGAAUGACAGACUCGGACAGAACCCUUUUUACCCCAGAUAUAGUCCAGGGGUGAUGCUGAUUAUCUUUUUUUCACCUGUCUCGAUCCUGCGGCCUCAUACUUCUCUCUUACAUCCCCACGGGAACAUUUCUCCUCGUCGAUAUCCAGCCUAGUCUCUCUAAAGCGCAAACAUUGUUCAACCUCUCACUAGCGUCCACCUUGACAGGCUUUAUUUACUCCUUGUUUCGCGUUACUUAGCUUUCUUUACGCAUAUCAGUGGGGUCACUCGUCUCUUCUCUCGAGACUUCUCGCCUCUUCACUCUUUUCAUCUCACUGCGAACACUCCACGAACAACAGGUCGAACGCGCGUUUGAUCGCUCCCAAGUUAUCCCAAACCCAGUCUGCUGGAUACUGCAACACACCCUUGGGAAUCUUCUCACCACCCCGACAGUUUGAGAUCUCCUUCUCCGCCUGCGAACCUCUACGUCUAUAGUAGUCUCCACCAUCGUUUGCCUGUUGCCCACGAGGCUCUAAGCGAGCAAACUUGCAGACAACUGUGCCUCGGACUGAGUGCAUUCUCGUCGCAACACUGUUUCGAGCCCCUGCUGCAGGGAUUUCUCACCUUGAGGCCAAUAUCGCGCCUUUUUCCGAUUUAUAUCGUCGCUUCCAGGUUCUUGUCCUGUCGUCUUGGCAGCCCUGGCCCCUCGGUUAUUAGACUAACAGCGCGGGACCAGCCGGCCCUUCUACCCCCCCACACCCUAUCCGUCCACCCAACUGGGGCACGCUGUUGCGCUAAAGGGCCACUAGACUCUAGCGCCGUCUUGGGUUGCCCGCUUCCGCCCAAACACAACCUUCGACCCGUUUCUUUUCCCUCCACCCCGUCCCUCUUGUCGCUUCUGUUGCUUCUUUCCCACCACAAACACCAUCGUCUCGUAAGCGGGUGAUUUCUCUCUUAUCCCAGAGGGGUUCUCUCUGCUCUCUUUUCCCAGAGCUACUCUUGGAAUUUACCGACUCUAUCGUCUCUUUUCGCGUCCCUUCUCUCACCAAACAUACCGCGAAAGCAUCGAGUCUAUGAACAUAUUACAACCCCGGCGCGUGCCGAGCACUCCCCCAAUGAGCGACCUUUGCGACAGCGAUGGCCGUCCUGCCAAACGAAUGCGGCUUGGGCCGUCAGACGGCGAAGCUCGAAUCCGGCCCGACGCCUCUCUCGAUACUGUCGAUUUUGCAGCCGCUGGGCAGCUGGACGAAAUGGGCUUCGCCAUGUCUUUCGACUUGAAUCAGCAGCAGUUUGACACCAACUGGCGCUGGUCUCCAUCCCCAUCCUUCUUCCCUGCGCCAAAUGAUAUGCUCCUGCCCAUGGGGCCCAGUGAUACGCUAGAUCCAUGGGCUCCUGGUUCACCUAUACCGCAAAUAUUGGAUGCAUUAGGGACAACUGUUGCGCCCAUUCCUUACGAUAAUCAAGCAACUAUCCAACCUGGUGUUUUGGGGCCAGCCAGCCCACCCGCUGCUUCUCAUGACUCCAAAGCAUCCUUCACUACAGCCGAAAAGAAGCCAGCGCGGUCACUAAAUGAGAUAAAUCCCCAUAAUAACCAGCGCCGGUCGCAGACAGAUCGAUUUAUUAGUCCCUUCAAGGACUGUGUUGACACCUUUGGCACCUUCAACAGCCCUCGUUUUCAACGUCCAUCUAACGGGCAGAUUAACGGUUAUGUCAAGUUUAAUUGGGUUAAGAGAGCUCAGGUUGAAGAACUUGCCGACGACGCGGAGACCUCGAAAGAGCGCUCAACGUCGCCGACUAGCAGCCAGUCAACAAUAUCGACACCAUCUCCAGGAGCAGCACCCGCUACCACAACAGUAUCUACAACAGCUACACCAGCUACGACAGAGGUCUCAAAUGGUCUUGCACUUGAACGCCGGUCAUCAAGUGCGACUCUCAUUGACAGCCCCAUGUCGGCGCGAUCAAGUUUCAGCUUUGAAUCCGGCAUGCCGCUACCGGUAGCCGUUAGCUCAGGUCCAAAGCCAAGAAUGGUGCCCCCGGACUUUGGCCAUGAGCUUCCUAUGGAUUCCAUGGGCAGAAAGCUGUUUAGAUUCUAUAUCAAUAACUGGUGCCCUGGGCGAAGUAUUCUCAAAAAGUCAAAUUUAUGGUUGACUGAUUUUGCGAAAAUGCAAGGGAAAGUGGGUGUACUUGCUGCGAUUCAGAGCUUGGCUGGCAUCUACAUUUAUGACUACCAACCCAGCGCAAUAAUCUGCGAAGGCGUUAAUCGUCGGUUCCGUCAAGCAGAAGCGCGACUAACUGAUCUGCUCGAGAAUGCUGACACGCUGAGCUCAGAAGAUGUUAACGAACUCGUAACAAUCUCAGCGCUUCUCUCAAUGCAGGAUAUUGUCCUGGUUGAGCGACGGCUUAGGAGACCAAACCAACCACGCUGGUUGGAAGGGUUCAAACAAAGUGAAUACUUCUUGCGAAAGACAGAUCCAGGAUCGCGAUUCUGGAAUCCCGAGAAUGUCCAAAUGGAUGAGCUUCGCUUAUCUCAAUCUAUUAUCGUUGGACGUCAUGUCAUUCUUGCCCAGCCUAUGACGCCUUUGCCCAACCCCGACACAUUUGACUAUGUCAAUGAAGUCGAUAGGUUCGGAUGGCUACUAUAUGGCACAGAGGCUGAGAUGUACGAGAUCCACGGUGGCUGCGGCUUUUCCAAGCGUCUGUUGCAUACCAUGAGCCAGGUUACAUGUAUGGCUGCCCGACAGAUUCAAGAACCGGAAUCCCCCAUGCCUCAAAUGACCGCCGGCCGUCUCCUCACGGUCUUGGAUAACGUACGGCAAUGGAGCAAGGAGGGCUGCACAUGGGAAGUUGCCCAAACACAGCCGCUCCCUAUCACUUGGAUUAGCAAGACAUCUGAUGAGUACCGCAUCGAUGACCCCGUGGAGAUGACGGCUGUUACAGCAGAGGCCUGGCGAUUAGCCACCGUGCUGUAUGUGCAAUGCCGUCUUUUGCGAUUACCUCGCCAUCACCCUGAUGUUAUCCUCAAUCUCGGAUACCUUGCCAAGUGCAUUACCAUUAUGCCCACAUCAGGAUCUCAUUUCACCGCCCAAGCACCAUUGUUCCCAGUCUUUUUGCUGGGACUUAUUUCUACUGUACCAAAACACAGAGCUGUUGCCAUUGAUUGGUUUGAAAGCGUCGUUGAGACACCCGUUCGAAGUGUAAGUCAAAUCAGUUCAUUUGUCUACUCUAUCCCUGUUGGAUCUAAGAAAAAAAAUGGAAAAAUUGAAACACCGUGGGCUCCUUGUCCUGAGCAUGCAGAUCGCUAACCAUUUCACUCUGUUUAACAGAGCGUGCCCCCCCUCUAUGAUGCAUUAAAACGAAUUAUCAGCUGGCUCGACAAAGAUAUCGAUACCCCGAAGGACGAGAAGUUGCCUGCCCAUGUGAGCGACCGGCGACCGUGGUGGGAGCUGGUCGUGCUCAAGGCACAGGAGAAGGAAUAUGAGGUCCUAUGCCUCACAUAGUUGUACAAAUUGCCGCCAGGAUUUGCAGCAAUAAUAAAUAUAAAGCGAGAAACAAAGCACUUUUUUUUUUGCCACACUCUGACGAAUCAGAUGCCCAGACCAGGCUCAUGAAUGAACCAAUGGUCGGUGAUGUGACGGUGAUGAGGAUAAAGUUAGUCCAGGCCGGCGACGGCACUGUCGCCAUCGUUGCCAUCGUCUUUGCCCUGUCGAAUACGAACAAGAUAUUGUCCUAAAGCCACCCAUGUUAGCAAUGCCGUAGUAAAUUGUAGAUGUUAAGAUUGUCUGUUGAACUUACGGAACUCCGAUCCAGGAGCCUGCCACACUUUCUCGACCACAAGUCCAGCCUUACUGCACAUGAGACGAACGGAUUCUUCACCGUACUUGUGAGAGUCAAACCAAUCAAGCUCUUGACCCUUGUCGAACGUCAAGUCCAGGCUCUUGAUGGUGACGGCCGUCUUGGCGCGGAAGAAGAAUCGGUGUCUUGUGGUCGGGUGCUCCUCCAUCUCAGCAAGGAGAUCCCAGUCCUCUUCGCGGAACCAUUCUUCCUCAAGAAGCUCGUUGGAGAAUCGAAAGCCAUUGAGAAAGAACUGUUUGUAGAGGUCAUCGCAAGAGUGGUAUGCAUCCCAAAUUUUCUCCCCAUCUUGGGGCAUGAGAUGGCCGUCCAUGCCAAUCAGAAGGUAGUCGUCAGGUUGCAUGAGGCGGGCCCAGCUACGCAGGUGAGAAAGAGCUUCAAACCAGGGAUCGUUGCAGAGAACUGAGCCAAGCGAAAGAAAUAGUCGAGGGGACUGGAUAGUCUCGACGUGAGCCAUGCCGUCGCCAAAGGUGCCCCAGAGGCCGCCACACUGCACGGAAGACCCUGAGUCGGAGUGCAUGGACACUAGGUAGCUAACAUUUUGCUCCAAUGAUGCCUUGGAGAUGUCUAAAGCGAGGUAGGUAGCGGGCUUCUUAGCGGUUUCGAAUGCAGCGAGGAGAUGUUGGACCUUGCGAGUGUCACUGUGAUCCUGAAGUUUAGCAUAACGAAGAAAAACGGCUUGUAGUGGUUAGUUGGGACUUACCCAGCGCCAAGAUCGAUCAUGGUAACAUUAUCUGGAAUACGGCUGACAAUGUCGGCGCCGUUGUUAUCAAACAUAGCAAUUUCAUCAUGAGUUUGAUAGAAUUCAGGAAUCAUGAUGAUUUCGUUCCAGAUGAAGAGACCUAAGCCAUCGUAGAGCAACUCAUCGGGCAAUAUUGGCUUUUCACCAGGCUUGUAAAUGCCGGUCAGAGCACGUUUCAAACGCUGUGCAAUAUCGUCACUGAGGAUGCUACCCCCAAUAUCAAGGAUAUUGUUCCUGCAGACAACGGGGAACGAGUCGUAUGCCAUGGUGUAUGAGGUUAGAAGCAAAGGGUUAGCGAGAUGUUGUAGGUCAGCAACGAUAUGGCGAGCGGUCUGGGAUUUAAGUAAAGCCAGAGAGAUUAUAUAGCUAACGUUCGAUUUGCCGAACAAGAAAGCAAAUGUCGGAGAGCAAAGUUCUUUUGUUCCAACUUCCUUGCCCAAUGUGGGGAUCUUACACCAACUGCGGGCCGCACCGUGCAGAUAACCCUUGUUGUCAGGAGAAGAAGGGUUGGCGGAAGCUUGAGACGGUCGGUAGAUUAGAUAUGGAGAACUGCUUCCUAUGCUUGGAAUGUUUUAGGGGAGGCUCUUGCAGGGUUAAGUGAGUGUAAGGAGAUGAUAGUAGUUGGGGAUGCUGGAUAUCUGUUCCGAGUCGUGGAGAAAAGAGUCUCGGUCAGCCCGUGGUCGAGUCAAGGGUGUCGUUACCUGGUCUGACUCUGUUUGCUUCUUGACAAUGCGAUUUCUCUUCCGAAACCUUUUCGAGAGCUUGAAAACAGUGGGCUGUGCUCGAAUGGAAGCAAUCACUGUCCGGGAUGCGUAGCAGGAAUUAUUUGGGCCGGUGCAGAAGCAGAUCGGCCGACGGGGGAAGUGUUCAAGGGUCGUUCGGCCCGGUGUUUCGUUCUUUGACGUUGGCUUUCAGUGCCGAGAGAAAAGAUCAAUGGAGUAAAAGAAUGUCUGGAGAGAUGCAGCAGCGAGAAAGGUUUGUGGGAUAUUUGUGGUAAUAAAUAGUUGGUGUGGCUCUACAGCGUCGACUGGAGCGUUGCGUGGGUGGUGAGAGUAUAGUGAACCCUUGCAGUAGUCCAAUCCAAGGUGAGGUGAGGGUGAAGAAGAUCGGAACAGCAAAAUAGGGAAUGUUACA